CAAUAGUAACAUUAAAAUCUGCUUAUUUCUAGGGGUUAAGAUGCAGUUGAAGGAGCAUAUAUCCCCAUCAAUCAUGGAAGACAUCCUUCAGUUUAUGUAUUUGGGAGAAAUAUGUGUACACAAAGACAAUGUUAGACUGCUGAUUGCUGCAUCAGAUAUUUUACAAAUGACGAAUUUGAAAGAUCUGGUUUGUAGGUUUUAUGAAAAGAAGCUUUGUGCAUCUAACUGCCUGUCCAUAUCUUCACUAGCUGAUGAGUUCAAUUGCAAGACACUGAAAAAGAAUGCAGAUGCCUUUAUUUAUAAAUACUUUGCAGACCUCAGCCACUCAGAUGAGUUCAAAAGUCUCAAUGUAGAUCAAGUUAUUCAUAUCAUCAGCAACAAUAAAGUGAAUGUGAAGAAGGAAGAGAAAGUAUAUGAAGCUGUUAUUGCUUGGAUUGAUUAUGAUCAAGAAGAGAGGUUUCAGUAUCUUCUGAGACUCAUGGAGAAUGUCAGGCUUUUGCUAAUUGAUAAGUACUACUUGUUUGACAAAAUUGCCUCGAACACAACAAUAAUGCAGAACAUAGAUUGCCAAGAACGUGUCUUGACAGCUAUAAACUUUCAAUGCCUUACGGAUCGCAGAUCACUGGUAGUAAGUCCCCAAGCGUCACCAAGACAGUCACUUGAUGUAACAAAGAUAGUUGUUGCUUGUGGAGGAGUGCAAGAUGAACUUGCUUCAAAAGAGGCACUUUGCUAUGUACCAGAUGUUGAUUUUUGGUACCCGCUUGCCCCUUUGCAUGAAGAAAGAAGCAAUUUUGGCUUAGCAGUUGUAGACCACAGCAUUUUUGCCAUAGGUGGAGAUGUCAAUGGAAAGACGUUGAAGUCAGUAGAAUUUUACAAUUUUGCCCUGGAUAAAUGGACUAGGAGUGCUAAUUUGCCUGAGCCAACCAUGGCACAUGGAGCUGGAGUUUUGAACAACGAAAUAUAUGUUGUGGGGUCAGAAAGUCAAGGUCUUUGUUCAGAUUCAGUAUUCAAAUAUGAUGCAGCUGCAGACAGAUGGACCACUGUUAAGAAAUUGAAAGUGCCAAGACGUGGGGCAUGUGUUGUGUCACAUCUGCAGCUUUAUGCUAUUGGUGGAUAUGGUCCAGAUAGAAUGGCCCUUGCAAGUGUUGAGCGAUAUGAUCCAUACCUAGGUGAAUGGGCAAAAAUCUUUCCCAUGAAUUCCCCACGUGCAUUUGCCAGUGGUGCUGUUAUUGGAAAUAGAAUCUAUGUGGUUGGUGGUGAGUAUGCAAUGUGGUCUUUCUACUGCUCAGGAGAGUUUUUCAACAUCAGCACUGAUGAGUGGCAUCGCAUUGCAGAUGCAUCUGUGCCCCGCUCAUUUACCGGUAUUGCAGUACUUUACGACAAGAUAUAUGUAUUUGGAGGUAUAAAAAUCAUGAAUGCUGGAGAUGAUGAUUUUGUAGAUGCAUAUGAAAGUUCUGAUGUUGAAAUUUAUGACCCAAAAAGUGACACAUGGAAAACUGGUUGUCCUUUGCCGAUUGCAACAUCAGGUAUCAAGUGCGUCUCAAUGUUGGUCCCAAAACAUGCCAUUGAAGUUCGUUGUGGCAUUCAUUUUCCUUCCAGUAGUAAUCAUUGAUGCUGCAUUUUCAAAUUUUGAUAUCAUCUUUGUGAACAAGCCUUUAAUGCUGUGUACAACAAAUAUGUGAUUCAUUUUUUGUUUUUGUAUUGGUAUGAAUAUUUUGUUACAUAUUAUGUUUCUUAGUAUAUAUUUUUGUAGGGUUCAUCAAUUUUUAUUUAAAAUGCAUUAUUUAUCAACAUUUUUCAAAAUCGCAUUCAUUACUAUAUCAAGUUUCAUUCAUGUACAUUUCAACCCCUAUCAUAUGCCCUUUCAAUAAUACUUUGCUUUUUAAUAACAUAUUUCAAUUGGGAGGAGACCAUUUAAUGUUAUCUGCUCUGAAUACCAUCUCCCUGUGAACUAUUUUUAUUUAACAAGCUAUUAACCAUCAUCUCCAGCCCAAUUCGACAGUUCAGAAAUUCUCGAAACUGGCAACCAGGGCCGGUUCCAGGAAAUUUUCUUGGGGGGGUGUAAGCUCUUAUGUACCGAGUAAUUUUAGAAAAAACAAUACCAAAAAUUUUGAGCUCAACUAAUCGUGAUCAGAACUAACAACUAAAUGACUUACACUAACUUUAAUUUAAGAAAUUUAACUUUAACGAAAGAACUUUAAUUUUAACUUCAAUCUGAAAAAAGGGUUUCAACCAAAUACAGCACGUUCUAAUAAAAAUACAGAGUCAGUGGUGGGUCAAAAAAUAACCCUCAGAUUUUUGCGAGUCAUUUAAUUAGGAGCUUUUGACCCAGCCUCUUUUUCAGUUCUUAUAGCGCAAUAUAUGAAUAAAUUAACUUUAAGUAGUGUCAAAUCGAACUCUUCUGUUUUUUAAGUGUAUCCAGUUCUUGACAACAUCUUCCAAGUUGACAUUUUCAGAGAAAUCCUUCUCGCAUGAUAUCAGCAUCAGAGAUUCCAGGCGGUCCUGGAGCAUUGUGCUCCGCAGCUUAGUCUUCACCAACUUUAGUUUGCUAAAAGAUCUUUCAUUUGAAGCCACAGUAAUUGGUGCUGUUUGAAGGAAUGUUACCCCAGUUUUCUUUACAAU